AUGGAUAUAAAGCAAGAAGAAAUGCAAUUUCUUGGCUUCUUUGGUGUCUGCAGAGAAGCCUUCAAGAUCAUCAAUUCACAGAGGAAAAUCUUCAGCCAGAUCACCUUUGCCUUAGUCCUCCCUCUAUCUUUCAUCUUCUUGGCUCUAACGGAAGUCUCCAAGCUCCUCUCCUCAAAGAUCACCCACAGCAAGAUACUUUUGGUUGAAACCAAGGCAGGCACUCCUAGAUACCAAAGGCUCUCAGAUGUCCUCAUGUCCGAAGAGAUCACUUUAGGCCUCUUCAAAGUCGCGUACCAGUACAUCUUCUUUCUCAUCUUCUCUCUCCUCUGCACCUCCGGCGUGGUUUACACCAUCGCUUCCAUCUACACCGGCCGUGAAGUAACGUUCAAGAAGGUCAUGAGCGUUGUCCCUAAGGUUUGGAAACGACUUAUGCUCACCUUCCUAUGUAAUUUCGUCGCCGACAUUGCAUACCACAUAGUGGCUGCAUUGAUCAUUGUUGUGUGCGCAAGUUUCCUCAUUUUAAUCCACAACAAUAACUUUUUGGCUCUACUUUAUGUUCUUUUGAUAUUCUACUUGGUGGGUUGGGUAUACAUGAACAUCGUUUGGCAAUUAGCCAACGUUGUGACCGUGUUGGAAGACUCAAGUGGGUUUCAUGCCCUGAGAAAGAGCAGGGCACUGCUAAAGGGCAAGAUGUGGGUGGCCACGUUUAUGUUAUUUCUGCUCUGUCUCGGUCGUUUUGCUAUACAAACAUCAUUUCAGAUGCUUGUUGUGCGUGGUGGAUCAUUGGGCGUGGCGAGAAGGUUUGCCUUUGGGAUUAUCUGUCUGGUGUUACUUUUCAUGUCGCUCCUGCUCGGGCUUGUCGUUCGGACAGUGAUCUACUUCGUCUGCAAAUCCUACCACCAUGAAAAAAUCGACAAGUCGGCCAUCUCAGGUCACCUUGCAGGCUAUUAUAUUGGAGAAUAUGUUCCUUCGAAAUCCAAGGAUGCUCAGCUGGACCCUUGA